AUGACGGUUGAUGCGGAGAAGCAUGCGCCCCACGCCGUGGUGGAAGAUUCAGCCCUAGCUUCCGGCUCAGAGAGUGAGCAGUUCGUCGAUGAUGAAAGAGAAGGGACAUGGAUUCGUUUUAUGACUUGGAUUCAUUGGUAUUCCAAGGACACGCCGAGCCUGGAGAAAAAGCUUGUGCUGAAGCUCGACUUGAUGAUUCUCGUUUUCGGCUGCUUGUCCUUCUUCACAAAGUACCUGGACCAGCAAUCCAUCACCAAUGCCUACGUCUCCGGAAUGAAAGAGGACCUCCACCUUCACGGCAACCAGCUCAACUACAUCACCAUUGUGUUCUGGGCUUCUUACUGCACCUCUAUGAUUCCCGCUUGUUACUACCUUACUCGCCGUCCAAUCAAUCUUAUCUUGCCCACUCUCGAGAUCGGAUGGGGCCUCGCAACAUUCGGCUUGGCUUGGGCCCAAAACGUCGACACGGUAUACGCCAUGCGCUUUCUCGUCGGCCUGUUUGAGAGUUGCAGUUUCACCGGCGUCAUUUACGUUAUCGGAUCAUGGUACAAGCCUCGGGAAAUUGGCCGACGAGUAGCUCUGUUCUUCAUCGCCAGCCCCUUGGGCACCAUGUUCGCUGGAUAUCUGCAAGCAGCAGCGUACACCAACCUCAACGGUGCCCAUGGCCUGUCCGGCUGGCGCUGGCUCUUCAUAGUCGAUGCCAUCAUCACCCUUCCAAUCUCCCUGCUCGGCUUUUUCAUCUUCCCUGAUGUCCCCUCGCGCGCAAAACCUCGCUUUCUUACACAGCGGGAACACGCCUUUUCUCAACGACGCCUCGCUGGUCUGACUGCACCCUCGCAGCUGCACGUUUCGCGUGACAUCUUUGCGCGCGUCUUUGGUCGAUGGCACUGGUAUCUCUUUGUAUUGCAGUGGACGCUCAUGGACCAAAACUUCCAGCCCUACUCCACACCUUUCAGCCUCUACCUCAAAGCCAAAUCCCCCUCCAUUUACUCCGUCUCCCGCGUCAACACGCUCCCCACCAUCGCGACAGCUCUCUCCGUCGUUGCGGCGUUCGCCGCCGGCGCCGCGGCGGAUCGGCUGGGCGGCCGCUUCUGGAUCCCGACUCUGGCCGUGACGGUUCCUGUCAUCAUCGGCGUCGCGCUGCUGGUAGCAUGGGACGUGGGCGAAACCGGCCGGGUCGCGGCCUUCGUCAUAUGCGGCUUUGAGGGCGCCGUCAGCCCGCUGACCAUGGGCUGGGCCACCGUCACCAUGGCCGACGACGCCGAGGAGCGCGCCAUCGUGACGGCGAGCAUGAACGCCAUCGGCCAGGCCAUCGCCGCCUGGAGCCAGCUGCUGCAGUUCCCCGCUGUUGAGGCCCCCCGCUUCGCCAAGGGGUUCGUGUCGGUGCUGGUGACGGCCGUGGCCCAGUUUUUGCUGGUGCCCGUCAUCGCUUUCCUGUCUGCGCGGGAUAAGAGGAGGAAUCGGAAGAAAGAAGUAGGUGCUUGA